AGACAUUGAGCGCAUAUGAAAAAAGACACGGGGAGAGAUAGUGUGUUAGAAUUUAGGAAAUACCUCCCUCCCCUUCCCCCUGUCUAUCUCUCCAUCUUCACCCCUUGUCUCUUCUUUAAUGGAUAGAAAUUAUCCUGGCACAGGAUUCGGUGAUCUGGGCGCUGGAACGGGAUGGAGUUACGAGAGAUCGGCGAAGGCAAGUUUGGUUUAUGGGAGCUCCAGAUCCUCCCAUCCAGACUCAGAACUCCUCCACCGUCAAGCUUAUGCCACACCACACCCCCUGCAAGGAUAUGCAACAAAUCAUCAUCCAGGCACCUCUGGACAAGGCGGAGCAUGGGGCACAGGAAGGAGCUUAGGGCUCUCAGGCUUGUUUGAUACUGGACUACAUCAUGCCAGUCCCUCAGGACCAGAUGCUUCAGUUAUGAACUUGAUCUCUGCUUUGGAAUCCCGAGGUGCUCAGCCACCCCCCUCUGCCUCUUCCCUUCUCUCCCAAUUUCGCACCCCCUCUUGGCAAACUGCAAUGCACACUCCAGCCCCUGCAGAGCUAUUCAUUUCUGGUGCACUACCUGGCUCUGGCUCAUUUCCCUCUUCCUCUGCUCUGUCGGCAUAUCAGCACCCUGCAUCCUUCUCAGGGCGCUCCUUCCCUGGAGUGACCCCAUCAUUAUCUCUGCAGGACACGCCUACCUUCAGUCCUACUUCCAACGGUCUCCUGUCACCACAUGAUCCUUUGCUACACAUUAAAACACCCUCCCAGUCAAGUCUUGGCUUUGACCGUCUUCUGUCUUCACAGAGUGGGACUGCUUCAUAUAGAGGGCCACAAGAGCCCACUAGUGCUCCUCCACCACAAGCACCUGCAUCCUCCUCAACACGCCAUUUACCGCCUCAGUUUAACCUGCUGUCCUCACAACUGCAGGAUCAGUCCUCUCAACUCUACAAUUCCUCUGUUUUUUCUUCUGUACUCCCUCAACCGCCACAGUCCCAGGAAAGAGCCAUCCCUAGGCAAGACAGUGUGAUCAAGCACUACCAGAGACCUUCUCCUGGACAGUCUCAACUAUCCUCUUCCACACCUCAUCCCCUACAACACUAUCUUAGUUGUGGUGCAUCAGGAUACCAGCAGAUAUCCCAUCAUCGGCAUGGUUCCUCCAUAAACUGUAGCCCACUGGGUGAACCGAGCCCAUCAUCUGACCCCAAACCCUCUCCCCGAUCAGAGCAGGUAUAUCGUCCUAUUAUCCAGCCCCCGUACACCUCCUCCUCAGCUGGCUCGGGUGGUGGUAUUGGGAAAACAGGAAAGAGUUCCAGUUCAAGUAGUGGCUAUUCUUCCUCUGGCUCUUCCUCAUCUCGAACCCCUCACACUCCUCCUUCAGCUUCUUCCACCUCCUCUUCUUCCUCCUCUGCCUCUAAUCCUAAUGUUUCAUCCAGUACCUCCUCUGCACCCUCAAGGCAGCAACCACAACCCCAGUCAGCACCACAACCCCCGCCACCUCCACCACCAACAGUGUCAUCCUCUGCUACGCAGCAGCAGCCACCCAAACCUUGCCUGUCUACAUAUGGCUCUCCAGUUGCUCCUGUCAAGCCAACUGCUGGCCUUCCUGGUCAGACCCCACCACAGCAGCAGUCAUAUUCACCAAGCCAGCCACCCACCUCUCACUUGCCCCAGACAUAUGGAGGAUUCAGUUCUCCACAGGCUCAGGAUCUUGGUUCCAGCCAUGGGGGGUCAGGAAAAGCUUAUGGAAAUCUUGGCGCUACGGGGCGUUCAUUUUCAGCUGAGGUGGUUUAUGGUUCUGAUUCAGGAUAUGGUUCUUUGCCACCAUCUCUCGGAGGGGCAGGGAGUCCCUCAAUGGGCUAUGGCGGUACAGGACAUUCACCUGCACUAAUGGUGUCUGGAGGUGGUACCGGUACAACAAGCAGUACCACGGGAUCUGGAGCAGGUAGUUCAGGAAGUGUGGGGGGUGGUUCAGGUGGUGGUAGUGCUAGUGUAGCAAGUGGUGGAGGAUCAUACCACCUCCCGGAUUCCAGCCCUUCACCGUCAAGUAAUUCUGGAAUAAUUCACCCAGGUCUGCACUCUCCUGCCCCAACUUGCCCUGCACAAUCACCUGGAGGAAAUGGGGGCAACAAGUACCUAUCCUCAGUUCUUUCCCCAGCAUUCCUGGCUUCUCCACAAGGAUACUCAGACACAAGGGUGCCACCCCAGCAAACACAGUCUUAUCACACAACGCCGCCAAAAUCUAAGUCUGAUUCUGAUAUGCUUGGGGUAGAAAGAUCUCAAGAAGAGGAUGAAGAAGAUGAGGAUGACUUUUUGAUUCAGCACUUACUGCACUCACAGAGUCCAGCACCCAAUCCCUCCCAGCAUCAUUCUCAACAAGCUCAGCAAGUAGCCUCACAACAACCGCAGUCCCAGUCCAUUUCCCAGAGUAGAGAUGGAGGGAAAUCUCUCUCUGCAUAUGAACUGAACAAGGCAUCUGAAGAACGUUAUCAUCUACAGAGUGUCAUUCGGACCAAUAAUACCACCAACAAUGUGGCUUCAGUUGCUGCUGGCUCUUGUGGUCCAGGCACAGGUUUAGAGAACCAGUUGGAGAUGUCUCUGAAAAAGCAGCAGCAGACUAAGUCUGAUCGAGUGCUUGCUGGAUCUGGUGCAACUGGAGGUCGAGGUGCAGUUGACUCUUUGUCUCAUACUCAUUCCCAUGGUCAACAUGACUCCCUAGGUUCAGUGGUCCACUAUGGCAGAGGAGACCCUUACGCUCAUCAAACACAUCAACAUCACCCUCCUCACCCAUCGCACUCGCAACACCCUCAGCAUUCACAGCACUCUCACCCCCAUUCAAUGUCCCACUCACAUAUAGAUCUUAAGAAAGCUCAGGAUCCUUCAGAAUUACCCUACCUACGAAAGACUCCAGACUUGCAGCAGCGACAGACCCAGUCCUCCCUUGGACUAAUGGAUUCUCCACCCGACCCAUCUCAGCAAACCUCCCAGGCUCACCUUCUCCAGUCUGUCCUUUCACAUACCACUCGAAACAAGAUGGACAACCAACAGACUCCCUCACAGCAACAACAACAACAACACCCAAUGAGUCAACAAGCCAUGAUUGGACCAAAUGGAGUAUUAGGUACUGGUGGCUCUGGAGGAGUAGACACACAGCCACAGGCCUCUCAACUUCAACUCCAGCUCCAGUCCCAAACUAUGGAGGUCCACUAUGGACGUGAGGCUCAGCAAAACCAAAGCCAGUCAAGUCAGAAUUCUGUUUCACCACUAGACAUGCUAGAGAGAUCUCUCUCCAGGACAAACAGUGUGGAAGGGCCAGGGUCCACUGAUAGAGUUGGUGCAGGAGAUGCGAGCACAGCUGAUCAUCAUAGACAACAGCAACAACAUAGGAUGUCCUCACACCAUCAAUCCCACCACUCUCAACAACCAGCAGCAGAGCUUGAUUUCUUGUCCGAGUCUGAUUUGAGCAUGUCAACCCCCUCUCAUUUGCAUCUUAUGGCCUCACACCAUCCACCCCCUCAUUCCCUCCAUCAACCACAGGCACACUCUCACCAUCAACAUCCUCACCAGCACCCUCACCACAUGCAACUAGCUUCUGGACCUCCACAGCCCCAGUCACAGCCCAGGGAACAAGAGCCACAGCUCUCACAGCCACAGCUGGAUCAGCUCAAAGAGCAUCAAUAUGACACUGGUAGCCCUGUGGGAAAAACAGCUCAGAACCAGGGUCAGAGCCAAGAGCAGCAACAACGGUUCAUGCCACUGACAUCUAUUUGUUUCCCAGAUUCUCUUCUCCAAGAUGAGGAUCGUUCCUUUUUUCCAGGGAUGGAGGAUAUGUUCUGCUCUGAGGACUACAAGGCAAGUUGUGCUGGAGGAGGUGGAAGUGUAGGACAAGGGGGUCAGGAUGGUGUGCCAGAGGCACGUGGAACAGUACAAGAUGGAAUGGAUGCAGUUAAAGCUACAGGUGGUGGAGGUGCAUAUGACAUGAUGGGUCAUCAUGGUGAUCAGGAGUAUGGGCAGUAUUGUCACAGUUUGUCUGAAUCUGGCAAUGGUACUAUGCACUUAGAUCUGGACCCCUUGAAAUCCCAUGAACUCCCAUCCACUGUAAACACAGAACAACUAGGCUUAAUUCAGUCUCAGGGCCCAGGCCUUGGGAUGGGCAGCACGGGACACGUAGUGGACGGAACUGGAAACAAAAUGAUGGGCUCUGCAGGUGUAGGUAGUGGUCCUGGCACAGCAGGGCUCACCUCACCAAUCUUUUGUUCCUCUAGACCUAAAAAACUUUUGAAAACAAGCUCAUUUCACCUCCUUAAACAGCGGAAAGACCCUAAUGCCCAAUCACAGGCUAAGAAGAACUAUGCUCAAGAAUAUGAAUUUGAGGAUGACGAGGAUAAAGCAGAUGUUCCAGCUGACAUCCGCUUAAACAGCAGACGUCUGCCUGACUUGCUUCCUGAUCUCGUUUCCAGUUGCAGAAAGUCUGGAAGUGGUUCAGGAGUUGGCAGUUUAAGCCCUUUGAUGGGUGAUUUAGAUUUCUGCCACCCCUCAGGGUACCCAUCCCUUGGACCUCCUCCACAGCUGCUCCCACAUGAUGGCACAAAGAAAAGGGGGAGGAAACCCACCAAACCUAAACGUGAAGGUCCACCAAGACCCAGGGGUAGGCCACGUAUUCGGCCUCUCCCCGAGCCUCCUUAUUGCAGGAACAUGAUGGGACCUGGUGGAGAGAGUAAAAGGGGCCGUGGGCGAGGAAGAGGGCGUGGAAGGAAAGAUGAUCAAAUGCUAGAAAUGCACAGAGACAUGAACAAGGGGCAGAAUUACCAACAACAAGCACCUCACCUCCAUCAUCAACCACAGUUACAACAGCACAUGCACCACCAUCUACAGCAACAACAGCAACACCAACCACAACAUAUGCACCAACAGCAGCACCUACAUGUACAACAACUUCAUCAACAGCAACACCAUCAACAACUUGCACAGCAUCAGCCUCAGCAACAAUACCAGGAACCCAUCAAACCAAUCAAAAUUAAGCUCCCUAUUCCUUCCAUGCCCUCAUCUGACUCCCUACUGAGGACAGACUCCCUGUCUAGUACAGAUCCAGUUUUGUCUGAUGGUUCGGUAGGAUCUGCACCAUCUCUUGGUUUGAGUCCAGGGCCCACUACCAUUGUGGACAUGAACAGAAUUGACAUGAAUAGAAAUGAUAUGAGCUGUGGUCAGGAAAAGAUGAAGCAGAAACCCCAAGAGAUGUCCUGGGAUGGAGACAUGGAUGACCAAAUGACCCCAGAGGCCUGGGCUACCAUGCAGAAGCUUUCCGGCUCAACGGAGGAGAAAUCUUCAGAGCUGAAGUCAGGUUUUAUAACUUCCUUUCUGGAUUUCUUGAAAACGGGGAAGAAGCAGCUGGGCACUGAAGCUCCACCUGUGGAUGGGUGCACUUCCACAGAUUCCUCUUCAGUAAAGGGAGGCAUCCGCCCAUUAUCCCCACAACCACCUCCUCCUCCACCUCCCCCCUUUGGAGAGAACGAGAGUGAUGGAAGCCUGGGUCUCAGUAACUGUCCCUCCCCCUGUAAAAGACUUGACGAGGAGCUCAAGAGGAACCUGGAGACCCUGCCGUCGUUCUCCUCAGACGAGGAAGACUCGGUCAGUAAGAACCAGGACCUGCAGAAGAGCAUCUCAUCCGCCAUUUCUGCUCUCUAUGACACGGCCCACAGUCUCGCUGCCAUUCCACCUCCUCCUACGCCAUCGCCGCCCACUCCGCAGACGGUGUCUCUUAACACACCCCCUCCACCCCCACAACCUGAAUCUGUCCUGCUCACUGAACCUGAGAUGGAGAUAAACACGUCACAGGAGCUGGAUUCGCUCUCACGGCCCAACCUGCAGGAGGAGGCACAUGUUCCAGGCAAGGGUGAGGAACGGGAAGAACCUGUGCAGGAGGUACAUGAAGACAUACAGCAGAAAGAAGACAGACAGACUGAAUGUGAGGAGUUGGAAGAAGACAUAAGGGCGAAGGAGGAAGCUGAUCAGAUAAGGACAGAGGAGAGCAAGCCGGAAGAAGAAGAAGAAGUAGAAGAGCCAGAGUAUGAAAUGCUGGGUGCUCCCAAGGUUGAUGGAUCUCCAUCCGAGCUUCCCCUUGCACCCCCUUCUCCUCCAUCUCUUUCUCCUUCUCCCCCAGCCUCCUCCUCCCCAUCCCCUCUGCCUCCUCCUCCUCUGUCUCUCCCCUCCCCUCUCCCAUCUCAAGAAGAGGAGCAGCAGCAACAGCCACCACUGCAUAAUUCCCUGCCUCCCAGCCCUUCUCCACCUGCUCUCCCCCCCACCCCCGAAGAUGCCCCAACGCCUCAGAUCACUUCACUGCACCUGGCUAAGAAACAGUCCAACGCGUCGCUCGCCGGAGAGAGUGAGGAUGAUGACAGUGAGAGUGGGGGGGAGGGGAUCUUCAGAGAGAGGGAUGAAUUUGUGGUGCGCACUGAAGAUAUUGGUACUCUUAAGCUGGCGCUGCAGACCGGACGAGAGCCUCCUCCAAUCUGGAGGGUCCAGAAAGCUCUGCUGCAGAAGUUUGCUCCUGAAAUCAAAGAUGGACAGCGGCAGUUUUGUGCUACAAGUAAUUAUUUGGGCUACUUUGGAGAUGCAAAGAUGCGUUAUCAGCGUUUAUAUGUCAAAUUCUUGGAGAAUGUGAAUAAAAAGGAUUAUGUCCGAGUGUGCUCGCGGAAACCCUGGCAUCGGCCCAGUCUCACACUGAGACGCCAGUCACUUCCUAAGCCACAACCUGUACGUAGCUUGACUCCACCUCGCAUGGAACGAGAGGAUAGAGAGAAAGAGAGAGAGAGACAACGGGAACAAAGGGAAAAAGAAAAGGAGAAAGAGAGAGAAAGAGAAAAGGAAAGGGAGCGAGAACGAGAGAGGGAACAGAUCGAGAAAUCUAGGAGAGAAAAGGAGAGAGAACUUGAAAAGCAAAAAGGGAGGGAGAAACAAAAAGAAAGGGAAAGAGAGAAGGAAAGGGAAAAACAAAGAGAGAAAGAAAAGGAAAAGGAAAAACAAAAGGAGAGAGAGAGGCAAAGAGAAAAGGAGAAAGAGAAGGACAGGGAAAAACAACGAGAGAAGGAGAGGGAGAAAGAGCGAGAGAAGGAAAAGAAGCUCCAAGAGCGACAAACUCAAGAGAAGCUGGAGAGGAGAACGGCCGUUGUGGAGCGCGGGAGGGUCAAAGAGGAGAAAAGAGAUGGAGAGAAGAGGGUCGACAGGACGAGGAGCAGACCUGUGAAAGUAAAGGCAGAACCUCCACCUAAAAAGAGGAAGAAGUGGCUUAAAGAAAUGCCCUCUUCAUCUGAUUCAGUCUCCUCCCCUGACCCGCCCAGUGAGGAGGAAGUAUCCACACGGAGUGGGAUGAACAGUCGGGCCAUGAGAGAGAUGUUCCGCAGUUAUGUAGAGAUGCUGGUCAGCACUGCUCUGGACCCGGACAUGAUCCAAGCUCUUGAGGACACCAACGAUGAGCUUUAUCUCCCACCCAUGAGAAAGAUUGACAGUAUCCUCAACGAACAGAAACGAAGGCUGUUAAGAAGGGUCAACAUGAGUGUACAGCAUCAGGAGGCACUGCACAUGUUCCCUCAAAUGACAGCAGACCCCCUAGACUCUGGAGCGGUUAAAGUGCACCUGGGUGGAGAGAGUUACAACCGCAAAACCCUCAACAGAGUCAAAAGGAGCCUUCCCAAACAGCAGGACCUGAAGCUGUCAACAGAGACUUGUCGAAUAUACAGUCUCUAUCACUCUCUCCAUCACUACAAAUAUCACACAUUUCUGCACUGUAAAAAAGAGACGGACAGCAUAGAGCAGGCAGCGGAGGAGGAUCCAGGUCAGGAGGAGGUGGUUCAGCAGUGCAUGGCCAACCAGGGCUGGCUAGAGACUCUGUUCAAUUCCUUCAUUGAACUGCUGACGCUCAGCACCAAGGCUUAAGAUUCAGCUGUCGACGUUCCAAGCACGUCCUAUUUGGAGAAGGGAGAAACUCCUCUUUCUCAAACAAAGCCGGUGCACCUCCAGGUUGCAGGAAAAUUAGAUUUUCCUUUGCAGAAUGUGUAAGAGCCACUGGCGGUUUAAGCUGUUGCAUUUUAACAUAAAAAUGUUUUUGUAAAGCUUUCAUUCCUCUCUCUUUCAUUAUGUGUCAGCUCCCUGCAACGGGAGCCACAGGGAGACGGUAUGAAAACAAAAAAAAAAAAAGAGCGAGAAUGUGUAAAGACAGUUGUCUGCACAGAGACGAAUAAAGAUAGUGCCAAAGGGAACAGGGUUGAAAACCUCACUGGUCAGCAAUGUUUUGGCAGAGGUGAGCUUUGAAUGCUAUGUUCCAUGCACACUCUUAUAUAUAAAUAUGUAUUAUGAACAAUUAUGAUUUGUAUUAUUUAUACAUUGACAUUUAUACAUGGUUACCUCCCAAAGCUGAGGCGGUUUGCUGUUAUUAUUUUGAAUAAUAAUGUUCAUGUUUUAUGAGAGUGUACAUGAAAUGGGCCACCCGUAACCCCCUAUUCUUCCUGUCCCCUAAACUGAAGGACAAGGUGGACAAAAGAGCGGGGUCAAAGCAGUGUGUAGUAAAUUUUUUGUCAAAAAAUAGAGCAAAAGAAAAAUGUAUUUAAAAUAAAAAAAAAAAUCUUUCUGUUCUUUAAAAGAAAAUGCUGGAAAAGAGGUGUAUUUGUUCGUUUUCUCAAAGAAAACACGACGGUGCAGAGGGAUGUAAUAGUUUUAAAGUGUGCAAAAUGUCUGUGUUUACUGUUUGUUUUUUAUCUGCUUGUUGUUUACUAUGAUAAUUAUUGUUAUUAUUAUUAUUAUUAUGGAGGUUUGCUUAUUUCUCUCUUCUGUAAAUAUUGUACAGUUGCUUCAGUCUCUCUCUACCUGUCCCUCAUCUGUACAUGAAUCCUCCUGUAUUUGACAAACGCAAAUAAAAGAAAAGAAAAAUGAGUUUAUGAAAAUGAUGCAUUUUCACACAAGACUGCCUUGGAAAUUUUUUUUUUUCGUUUUAUUUGUUCUAGACAUACUUGCUGGUAUUUUGCACGGGCUUUAUACGGGUAGGAAUGAUAUCUUGGAGGGAAAUACAUUGGAAAUCAAGCAGUACAGUCAAAAAAUAACCUGCUCUAAAUAUUGUACUUAGGUUCAAAGUUUACUAACCAUUUUGUAAAUGAAAACGUUUCUCUGAGGAUGUAUUUUUAUUCAGCGUUCUCGGUGCAGAGCGUUAGAUUGAUCCAUGGCAGUUCUCUUCAAGGUAAACGUUCCACUCCUGCUAGAGCGCGAAAAAAGAACUGCGUUUCCUGUUGUUACCAUGGUAACAUAGCCAUGGCAACACCAGCAGCAUUUUCCAGGAGUGUUUGUCUGUCUUUGGUGUGAUGGCUGUCUCUCUUUGUCUCUUUCUUUCUCCUUUGCUUCUUAGUAGCUUCCUAUUUUACGGUUUCUAGCUCAUCGUGACUCACAAGAGUUAUUACAAAGAAAUGACAUUCUCAGCUAUUUUGUGUAGCCUACAUUAUAAAUUAUUUCUUGCCUGCCUUAUUUUUUUUCUUCACACAUCAUACAGAGCUUCGUUUAUUCUGUUUUCUGUCUCAAUAGAAUUUCCUUUUACAUACACCAACU